GCAGCUCAAGGACGGUAACAUUAUGCUCCGCCCCCAUUUCUUCUUCGACCAGCUAAAAUAAUGGUCAUCACAGCGGUACAAUAAACCUUCGUCCCGAACUCUAAACCACGUCUUUUGUGCCUGGGCUCUCGGCCUCACAUUACUGAUGAUGUGCUAUUUUGACGCUUCGAAGUGCGACGCUCGUCUAAAUAACAUUUAAGAAUACAAUUCGCACUCCCAAAGAAAACAAAGAUCAAAGUUGUUAACGCUAAGCAGUUGAGGAUCUAGCGGCAGUGAGCACGAAGAUGGCUGUCUUCUGGGUCCUUGCUGCCUGCAACGAGCCUUCAUGACGGAACAUCUAAAACGUCGGUAAACAUCUACCAGACUACAAGGUGCUUCGAUCCAGAAGACAGCCAUCUUGCGAAAUGCUGUUUACUGAGAAUCGUACGAAACGCACAUAAGUCCGUUUAUAAAUCGAGGACAUCUUGCCGGAAUGGCAUCCAUUAUAAAAAUUUGUGAUUUACGUAAGGUGGUGGUACUCCCAAUGUUGGUAGCUUUAACAGCAGCAGGGGGGUCAGGAUCACUUAAUUACACCACUGACUGGUGGGCAGGUGCUGUGGAAGAAGACGCAAUUCGACCGCUACCUCUCGAUGGGGAAGGAGGUCUCUGGACGAGUUCCUUCAUACCGCCUCCGCCAAGACCCGACUUCUUGGAUGAUCGCGUCACACCAGAUGGACUGACGACUUGCGAUUUGUGCACGUGGGCAUGGCAUGAGAGGGGCCACUUCUUUCUGGACCCCACACAUGAAACUUCAGGGGAACUGGGCUGGGUGCUCACACUUGCCAUUGUGUCGAUAUUAUCGGCGGCAGUCGGCGCAGUGGUCAUGGUUACCGUGCUCCAGUGUCGGAACAGAUAUAAGAGCGGGCAAAUGCCAGGUCUGUGCUCCCUCUGCAUCACCAGGUCUCCAGACACGGCAGUUCCAGCACUACGCAGCGUGCCAGACAGGGAUCAAAAUGCUGACGGCAACAAACACGUGACGACCUUUGACACUGCAGGCAGUGGGGGAGGAGGUGGCCGUGUAUGGACAUGGUUAACCACACGUCGCACCACUACUGGGCCCGCGCAACUCUGUGCCGCCACGCAGAACGCGCCGGCCGAAAACCAUUAUACGAUGGACGAGGCUUACACGGCCGUGGGGGAGGCACUGUAUGCAGAGUUAGACCGGGAACUAAGUAACAGUCCGGCAUACCAGAACACGGCCUACAACGGUUCGGACACAGACCCCGACGCCCCGCCUUCUUCUUCCUCAGCCCCCAGCAGUGCUUAUUACUCAGACCUGUCAUGUGCCACGGGACCAGAUCGAACCUAUGAGGCAGUGGGACUUGGUCUAGGCACGGGAACGCCAUCUAGUAGCAGCUGGGACACAGGAGAUAUUGCAUUGCGGCGACAGCAACCCAUGUCCCGCCUUGCUGCUAUCACAGAAACCAUUACUGUGCCUUCAGACUACGUAUAGUCUGCUUCUUUGAAGAGCAUUGCAGCACAUGUAACGCUACAUUAAAAACACUUCAAGCCAGUGUGGUGCUACUGAUGAGUUGCAGCAACCUAUUACUAGUCAUGCUUUAAAUUUUUAGGAAAAAUAGUGCAAACUGCGACUGUUCACAUGUUAUGAGCUCCAAACAAACGUGAGUGCCGGUGUAUUUUAAUUCUUUUAAACCAGUAAACUUUUCAGACUAUCUGCAACAGGCAUAAAUAAAAAUGUAUGUCAGCAAACUGAGGUAAUUAAUGUAAUGGUGAUCAUUACAUUUAUGAAUAAUGUAAAAUAAGAAGCAUGUAAAUUAUUUCUGGACUUUUAAACAUAAACACUAUUUUUGUAUAAUAGUAAAAUCAAUAAGUUUUAUUACUUUGUGACAAUAAUGUACUGUGGGGCACCUCAGGAUGGCUGUUAAAAUGUUAAACUGUGAAAACAAUGUUGAAGUCUGCAAGAAACAUGAGAUGUUGCCCGUGACACAUUAUGUUAAUAGCCCUACAUAUUGCGUAGAACAGGCAUGUCAAACUCAGUGUCAAAGAGGGCUGCAUCACAGGUGGAAAAAAUUGUAACCUCCAAACUUCAGGAAUUCCAAGCUUCAGAUAUAUUUUUCGUUCUUCAAUCUUCCCACAGCACACAAAUUUCAGUUUCACUGAAACAUGAAAGUUGUACAGAAUUAGCUAUUUGAUAUGCAUUGGAAACUUAAUAUUUAUUGAAGUGGGCCACAUAUCGUGUAGACCUCAAGAACUACACAAAAUGCUGGAGCAGUAUUGCAUGGGCCUCAAGUUUGACAUGCCUGGUAUAGAUGCUUAUUUAGAAUCAUAUUUGUGAUUUUGGUGAAAGGAAAAAUUCAUUUCUGGUUCACAACUGUAACCAGUGGUGUAAGCAGGUUGGUGAACAGGCGUGGCCUACAAAUGAACUGUACAAUAAAGUGUGGUCAAACUACCAGAUAUGUAACUUUCAA